UCGAUUUUUCUUAAUUAUAAAAAUUAAUGAGAUUACAUAGUGCACUAACUCGAUAUUCGAGACACGUUUGUCCAUUACCUACCUGAAUGUUUACCAGCAUUUAUUCUCCAACCUCACAAUUAAAAGUUUCUCGCAAAAUCUCUUUCGUCACCAUGGACCCAACUUCUGUCGAAAAUUUACUUCUACCAAUACUAAAAUAUCCUCUCCUCGGGGUCCAAAUAAUCGGCUACGUCCCACUAACUACGGUACAAAAACCAGUAGAAAUCAUCUUUAAAAUAAAAUCCUCACCACAACUUAGCAAAUCUUUACAGUUCUGCUGGCUCGGAAUUCCAGUUCUCGCACAACUUUUCACUUUAGUCGCUUUUUCUAUCUUUUCCUACCUUUUCUUUACAUCAGACCAGCAAAAAGGCGGAUUUCACGUCCACCAAUACAGCCAACUGUCCACCGAUUUCAUCAUAGUUUCUUCGAUGACCUUAAUCUCUCUCAUUAACGCGAUAGGGAGCCGCAUCCAUGGAUUUUUCACGGUUCGAGACACCCUCGAAUUUUGGCGUAUGCACUGUCACGAGUUGGCAAAAAUUUCUAAAAUUUGGACACAUCCCGAAUUUACAGAUUUACUACGAAAACAAGUUCAAUCUCAGUUUUUCUGGACAAUUUUUUGUGUAUUUUUCCCAAUUUUUACCAUUCCAUUCUUUGAUUUGAUUCUUUUCAAUGCUUUUGGCGUUUCGAGUUUCCGAGUCUCCGGGUUAAGGAUGGUUGUCGAGAUGGACUUCAGUUUAUUCUUGGGUAUCAUUUUCUGGAUGUACUUCACAUAUUUGCACAUCCUCCUAAGUAACUGGAUCACAUUUUUCGUCAUGGUUUAUAACCUCGUGUUAAAAUGUGCGAUUAAAGAAGUUGAAGCUUUAAGGAUGAGUGACGAUCUGCAAGAUUUCGUCAGGCUUGAAAAGAUUGACGAUGUGACCCGAUCGUACGACGUGGUUCUGGGAUUGGUGGACUACUUUAAUGAAAAGCUAGGUGUCAGAUUAGUGUGCGAAGUUGUAAAUAGCAUCGCCUGGGUCUUGGGAUGCACGUAUUAUGCCAUAAUUUCGUACAAAAUGGGGGAAAUUGGUAGCAUGCUGACCAACCUGUUGGCCGGUGGUAUGGCGAUUAGGAGUUUGUACACGUACGGAGACCAUGGUGAGACGUUGGAACAAAAUCGGAUUAUCUUGGUGAAACGGUUGUGUGACGUCAAGGGGACAAACUUGGGGCCAUGUGGGAUGGAAAAGUUGAGGUUUCUUAAAGAGAAGGUCAUCAAUUGCAAGUUGGGUAUCACCCCGGGAAAGUUUUUCACGCUGAAUCGCAGCUUUGUGUUAUCUGUUUGGUCUGCCCUUUUCACUUUAUUAGUCGUAAUGGCACAGUUAAGAGAUUCGGAUGAGAUGGGAAGUGCGAAUGUGGGGAACUCUAUUGUGAAUGCUACUGUAAGGUAGACAAACAAAUCUGUAUGAUUGAUUGAUUGAUUGAUUUAUUACAAUGAGAUUCCCCAAUUCUGGGAUGUAACAUCUCAAGGGAGCAGAGUCAUAUAUUACAAACACAUAAAAAUGAAACAAAUCUUAUCUUAUUCCAUAUUAUCUAACAAUACAAGCAUUUCUCUCAUUCUCGUUUCACAUUGCAUAUU